AUGGCUUGGAAGGACAGAGGACGGCAGCUUCACACUCGGAAGGAGCCCGGGUCCCCGAACGAAUGUCCAGCUACACUGGCUGUGACGAGGGUGAGCAAUGACACUCUCAAGACUCUAGGGUUGGCUUGCGCCUGCAGCAGAGCCCGGAGCCCCCUGGCCGGGUCCGAUAGCCUGACACUUCCAGGGGGAACAGGUCCUGAAACAGACCCCAUGACCUUCCAUUUCCCAUCUCAGGACAUCAGAAGCGCCGGUGCUCCGGGAGGCGCACUCUGGAGUCUCCGCGGCAGACUGGGAGACGGCCAGGAGGGCUCCAGGGACAUCCUCAGCUGCGGUGUGGCCCAGGACGGAGCUGGCCACCUGGGACCUAAGGGUGGCAAUGAUGACUCCCUUGGAGUCGAGCUGGCAAGAGCCCUGAGCCUGCGGGAGCUUCGGGGGAGGAAGCAGCAGCCCUCCACCAGCAUCACCCUGGGCACACGAAGCCCCCUCAGCUCUCUUCACACCGCCCCCGGAGAGUGCCAAGGCAGGCGCUGCUCUUUGCGGGGUAUGGAGGGGAAGAACUCGGGGUGCUGUGAGGCCCCAAAGAAGCUGGACCUGUCCUUCUCCAUUGAGGAGAUCUUAAAGAGGCCGGCCGCGAGGAGCGACGGGUUCAGACGGGAAGGGGCAGAUGGACAGGGCACCGAGCAAGCAGCAGCGGCAGGCUCGAGGCCCGAGAGGCCCCCCCAGGACCAGCCGCAGGAGAGGAAGGGCAAGCGGAGGGUCCGGACCACCUUCACCACGGAGCAGCUGCACGAGCUCGAGAAGAUGUUCCACUUCACCCACUACCCGGACAUCCACGUGCGCAACCAGCUGGCGGCCAGGAUCAACCUCCCGGAGGCUCGGGUGCAGAUCUGGUUCCAGAAUCAGCGAGCCAAGUGGCGGAAGCAAGAGAAGAUGGGCAGCCUCGGGGCUCCGCAGCAGCUGGGCGACGCUGACCUGGCCCCCGCCACACAUCUGGACAUGGCUGGCCCACAGCUGCCGCCCCCUGCACUGCCCAGGCUGGCUCCUCCUGCCGGGCGUUACCCACCGGCUCAAGGUCCGCUGGCCUCUGCCUGGUUUCCUGCCCGGAUCACCCUCCUCCCACACUACCCAUGGGAGACACAGCCUCUCCCAGGCCCUGUCAUCCUGCAGACCUACGUCCCUGCCCUCGGCUUCCUUCCACCUCCACACCCCAAAUGGGACAGCAUCUGUGCCACUUCAACAUAG